AUGGGAGCUCCGGCCGGCUGGAUGCGGGACGACGCCGAGCGGAUCCGAGAGAACAACAUAAAACGCAACGCCAAGCAAGCUGGCCAACUGUUACGGCCACCACGGCCGGCAAGCUCGGCUAUGAUGAGCCCUCUGCAUGUCGACGUGCACGUGGACAGCAGCAGCAACAAAUACGGCCGCCGUCUUGGAAACGCCAGUAGCAGUGCGGGCCUCUCUGAGAAGCUCACAUACCACUCCGGGCACAUCAGCCGCAUUCAGCCAGCUGAGCUUGAGUAG